AUGGCCAACUCUCGUGAACACGCGAUAUCUAGCUUGAUCGGCUCGUUCAGCUCGCUCGGAGCCGAUGACUGUCCACAGCAGAUCCGACACCUUGAGGUCUUGGUCGCAGAGGAAUUGGGACGCGUCUACGAUAGAUACUUGGCGUUGUGGCAUGGGAUCGUCAGCCCGGCUGAUCCACUGGUCAUCUUCAAGCAAGUCGACAUACGAAAGCAGCUCCUAGAUCAACUGCACUCCAAACGCUUGUCGAGCCUAAGACGCCAGGUUGAUUCUCUUACCAAAGCGCUUCUCGCCCGAUCCGCUCUUCGCAAGAAGAUCACGCCCGUUUCGAAGUUGAAACUGGUCUUGAAAAUCUUGGCCAAACUCGAGCUCACGAUGGGCAAGAUUAAAUUUGCGAUAGCUUGCAUCAACCCAGAUUUGAAGCCCGCAGAAGUCAGAGAUGACCAAGACUUCGAAAAUUUGAAAUGGUUCAUAUCUCGCCGUCUAGCAAUCAGAAUAUACGUGGUCAAUAGACACUUGUGUACAUUACUUGCAACCUAUCGGCGUCUUAUGGAGCAGUUUGGACAUCUCUUUGCCCACCAUGAACCCCAGAAGACAAUUGACGUGAUCACAUUGACAGAGACAUGCUUGGAUUCGAUCGAUGAGGCCCUUGCAUUCAUGAACAAAUCUGAGCUAAAUCUUCUUCAAGACGAAUGGCGAUUGACGAUAGAUUCCUUAAGCGAGACGCUGGCGAGCUUUGUCAAAUUCGACAAUUGGACCCCACCCCGCUCACCAGAUCAAGCGGAUACUGCUCGCCGUUCGAUGGGCGAAGAUCCGAGGGAGGAUGAGCCAACACCAGAGUCAUUAGGACAACCGCAUCUGCUGCAUCCGGCCAUGAGUCAUUGUAGAAUAUCGGUGAUAGCAGCAGUCAAACUAUCAAGACUGUUUGUGGCCCAGCUGCUCAAGAUAUCGCAAGACACAGAAAACUUCCAGAUGGUUCCUGAUCUGAGCACGAGAGAGCUCGAGAAAUUCCGGACGAUGACAUCGACGAUCGCGACAAGCAUGAAGAACGUGGUGUCUAAUCUAUCAGAAGAGCCCGACGAGGCGCGUGACGGAAUCUGGAAACAAUAAGUAGACCAGAAAUACAUAAUGAAUUGUAGAUCUCUGUGUAUCGGUUACGCAAAAUGUGAUCCUACAAAGUACAUGUUCAGCACACGCAACAGUAGCACAAUUAUCCAGUCUUGGUGAAUUCAUGUUGG